UUGAUAAAUUGUGGCGGUUGGGGAAUUGUGGGAUCUGUGUUGUUUCAAUGCCUACUGUUUUUCUUUGAGGUCAUAAAUUGGUGAGGGUCCUAAAAGGCGUGUGAGUGAAAACGAUCUUCGAGCUUCAAUGUAGCGUGGAAGAAUGUAAACAUUGGUCCAGCAGAGAUGCAUUUUUUAUGCAAAAGAGUGGUUUACUAAUUUGAAACCUCGAUUACAAUUUCGAUUUCAACAAAAACGCGCGUCAUAAGCGAAUAGUGAGAGAAGUGCAAGUGCUAUUUGUCAUACUCCUUCAUAAUGCAAUCAGCUUUAGAGAGACACAGUUACAGGUUAUAAGAUCCAUUCGAUUAGAGGACAGCAAAAAUGAAAGUUGUCACUCUUACCAGUUCAGAUUUCAUAUAGUCGCGACUAUUGUUCGUGAAACAAUGUCUCAUUUAUAUAGCUUGUUUUUAACACAUACGAAUGCGGAAGCUUACAACAAAAGUUGAUCUUUGGCCUAAGCUGCUUGCUAAUCAGUCGGACUAUAUAACCAUACAGACUUGCGAAUAAAGUAGCAUAGUGAUAAUCACUCUCAUCUGUGGUCUGGCAGAAGCCGCAAGUGAAUUGAAUUGGCACGCUUGAUAGGGACGGACGAUUCGAUUUUCAAUGAAGUGCGGAAUGUGAGAAAAGAUUGAUUGAUGAUUCAUUACAUGGCGUUUGUUUUCUUUUGCCUGCCUGUUGAUAAAGUUGCGAUCGGUUGUUUUCACCAGUACAAAAAGAUCAGUAAGUAACUGAGACAACAGUGCUGUGCGUGCGAGACGAGAAUCGUGCCUCUUCACACGGCCUCCUCGAUUUCGACCUAGAUGCAACGUGAAGUUUACAACCUACGAAGAAAAGCUCCAUUUCCAGUACCUACUUAAUAUUUAAACUUUCCAUAAAGACCGACCCGCUAGCCUAUAAAAGCAAGAAUUCGUUUUAAAAUACAAUAAAAAACAGCGCAGAGCUCACAAAGGGUUGAAAGACCGAACCGGGCAGCAAAAAAAAAACAAACAGCAACGCGUGCUACCGACACAUUGAGUGAAAGAAACCGGUUCGACGAAACCCGAAAACAAAACUGCACAAACCAUGACCUUGGUCAAAGCAACCGGCUGUUCGCCGGUGUCCACCAGUAGUGGCCUACUUAUACUACUGCUGCUAGUCGCUAAUCAACCGAACCACGCAAGAGCAGCAGUAGCAAACUCAGCAACCGGCGGAAGUGGCGAAAGUAUCCUAGAUAACCUCAUAUCCGGACUGAUGUCAACGGCAGAAACUGCCAAAAGCUACCUGGACAUAGGUGGCUUUAGCGGUGACCGUGAAGUGAGAGACCAGCAGGCAGGACCACCGGCAUCGAUGGAAGCGGAAGUGACAACCGGUUCGUUUUUCGGACACACUACUUCGACGGCCGGUGGUAACACCGUCAGCUCGACGGUAGCCUCCUCCUCGAUGACAAUCGAUGGACAGACGCCCUUCUGGAAUCCGUUCAACUGGCUGAAACCGCGGGCCGUUUCGAUUCCGUACAACCCGGACACGGAUCUAAGCACGCCGGAAAUAGCAGUCCGUCACGGGUACAACGCGGAAUCCCACACACUCAAAACGGUCGAUGGAUACCUGCUGACGCUGCAUCGAAUCCCAUGCGGUCGGACUGGCUGUGCGAGCAGUGGCAAAGGUACCGGUCAGCCCGUCUUUCUGCAGCAUGGUCUGCUGUCCAGUUCGGCCGAUUGGCUGCUGAGUGGACCGGAGAAGGCACUGGCCUUCAUCCUAGCCGAUGCUGGGUACGAUGUGUGGCUGGGGAAUGCCCGCGGGAAUACCUACUCCCGGAAGCACGUAUCCAUGAGUAGCGACGAGACGGCAUUCUGGGAUUUUAGCUGGCAUGAGAUGGCACUUUUUGACAUUCCAGCUGAGAUUGACUUUGUUUACGCUAUGCGAGAGUUGGAACAUAAUGCCACCGAUCGGAAUCUGCUCUACGUGGGUCACUCGAUGGGAACUACUAUGGCCUUCGUGCUGCUUGCCAGUCGACCGGAGUACAACGAUCGUAUUGAGGCCGUGUUCGCAAUGGCCCCCGUUGCCUUCAUGGGACACGUCAAAAGUCCAAUUCGGUUGCUAGCUCCGUUCUCCAACGACAUCGAGAUACCACUAGAUCAGUUUCCCAGUCUUCAUAUUCCCAAUUGGGUAGACGGGUUCGCCAACGAUAUCCUCAAGCGGCUAUCGUUGCGUCUGUUGAUGAUCCUGAAAUUUUUCGGUAGCAACGAGUUCAUGCCGCAGAACAAAAUCAUCCGCUACCUGGCCAAGUACGGUUGCGAGUUGACGGAGGCGGAAAAGUACAUCUGCGAGAACACCGUCUUCGUGCUGUGCGGCUUCGACAAGGAGCAAUACAACGCCACCCUGAUGCCGGUCAUCUUCGGUCACACGCCGGCCGGGACGUCAACCAAGACGGUGGUUCACUAUGCCCAGGAAAUUCACGAACACGGCAAUUUUCAACAGUUCGACUACGGCGAGGCGGAGAACCAACGACGCUACGGACAGUCGAAGCCUCCGAGUUACGAUCUGGAUAGUAUCACGACACCGAUCGCACUGUUCUACGCCAACAAUGACUGGCUGGCCGGUCCGAUGGAUGUGGCCAAUCUGUUCAGUCGGUUGACACGCACCUCGAUCGGGAUGUUUCGGGUACCGAAUGAUAACUUUAACCACGUUGACUUUCUGUGGGGUAAUGACGCACCGGAGGUGGUCUACAAGCAGCUGGUUAUGCUGAUGCAGAGGUAUAAGUGAUCGGCGCGGUUCGGGUGAGCGUGUCGUCACUGUAAUGCUUUGCGCAGGAUUUUUUCUUUGAUUGAGCAUUUUAUUUCUAUUGAAACAAAACGAUAAGCGCUUUAUUAUUGUUAUAUUCUAAUCUGUAGGGAAAAUAAACGAAUAGGAAGAAUUAAAA